GUGGAAUCUUCUUCGCAAAUCCCAUGCGAAAGCAGGGCUACGUGACGAUGCUCGACCCGCUGCAGGACUCCUUCGGGAGCCGCAUGGGCGGGCUACUCUUCUUGCCAGCUCUAUGUGGAGAGGUUUUUUGGGCGGCCGGGAUCCUUGCAGCUCUUGGCGCUACAUUAGCUGUCAUUAUUGACAUGGACCAAGGCACGUCCGUGAUCUUCAGCGCGUGCGUCGCGGUCUUCUAUACCCUGUUCGGAGGGUUAUACUCAGUGGCGUACACUGACGUCAUCCAGCUGUUCUGCAUCUUCAUCGGUCUCUGGAUGUGCAUACCCUUCGCCUGGGCUAACCCGCACGUCAAGCCUCUCAGCUCCAUGGAGGUGGAUUGGAUAGGAAGGAUCGAUUCCAACUACUAUUGGUUUUACGCAGAUUAUGGGCUACUGCUUAUUUUUGGAGGGAUUCCGUGGCAGGUGUACUUCCAAAGAGUACUGAGCAGCAAGACCGCAGGAAGAGCGCAGAUCUUGUCAUAUGUUGCGGCCAUCGGUUGCAUAUUUAUGGCCAUCCCACCUGUGCUUAUUGGGGCUAUCGCCAAGGCCACAGCAUGGAACGAAACUGAAUUCAAGGGUGACCUCACUCCGGACGGUGAACUGACGUCAGACCAGACGUCCAUGAUAUUACCGUUGGUGCUGCAACAUCUCACGCCAGAUUUCAUCUCGUUCUUCGGUCUAGGUGCAGUCUCCGCAGCUGUUAUGUCUUCAGCUGACUCCAGUGUGCUAAGCGCAUCGUCUAUGUUCGCCAGGAACGUAUACAAGCUGAUCUUCAGGCAAAACGCCUCGGAGAUGGAAAUCAUCUGGGUGAUGCGCGUGUCUAUACUGAUUGUGGGAGUACUGUCCACAGUGAUGGCACUCACUAUCCCAUCAAUCUACGGUCUGUGGUCGAUGUGCUCAGAUCUGGUAUACGUGAUCCUGUUCCCGCAACUACUGAUGGUGGUUCACUUCAAGCGGCAUUGUAACACGUACGGUUCGUUGGCGGCUUACAUCGUGGCGCUGCUGGUGCGGCUGUCUGGUGGAGAGAAGCUCUUGGGAUUGCCCGCGCUGAUACACUACCCUGGCUGGGACGCUGAGAAUGAAGUGCAGUUGUUUCCCUUUCGAACUAUGGCGAUGGUGCUAUCGUUGUUUACGUUGGCCUUCAUCUCUUGGCUGUCAGUGUUCCUAUUCAACUCCGGCUACUUAAGCCCAGAGUCGGACUACUUUAACUGCGUUGUCAACAUCCCGGAGGAUAUACGCCGAGUCGACGAACCUUCGGAAGCAGGUGAGCAGAUGUCGGUGCUUGGGGGAGUACCGGGCAGGCUGUAUGGUGCUGCGUCGACUCUUGUGGGGCCAGACGAGAAAUCAGGCCGAAUUAAUCCAGCUCUGGAACCAGACGACGAUUUGGAUGAUCCUAACGAUGGACCUACUCCGCUCUUUGGGAACAGCAACGCUCCUCCACCAGUCCAACCGUUUGGCAAACAAACUGCUUUCUGA